AGCGUGAAAAUGCAGCGCUGGGCUGUUUUUAUGGCGAUGCUGGCGAUGGGAGGGACCGAAGUCUCUUGCUUCCUGACCUCCCCAUCCUCCUCCCUUCUUGCCUAUCAUCCUGCCAGUAUCUCCUCCUCCUCCUCCUUCUCCACCGCUCUGUUAUCUCCCUCCCCAUUCUCAGUGAAAGCUGGGUCUUUGACCCACAAACCCGCUAGCUACCGGACUGCACUGCAGGUCGCCCCUCUGGAGUCAAUCGAGGAGGCUCAAUGCACCUCUCCUACAUCCAGUGCAUCGAAGAAGAGGGAGGAGGAGCUGCAGAAGCUUCAAAGGAACUCCUUCAUUCUGGGAUCUGUCAUCAUCACUACGUCGGCCGCCAUAUACUAUGGGUCCAACCACGAGGCCGUCGCGAUUUCUUCUCCCCUCUUCAAAGUUGGCUGCGCCAUCUUCUUCCUCGGUGUGACCCUCCAAUACGCUGAGACGUACAACAGGUGCGCAUACAUCAGGUUUGCGCGCGAGACCCUUAUCAAUCCUUCUAGCGUUGGUCGACGAGCAAGGCGCGUGCUCAGACUAGUAGAUGGCAACAUCUUCAGAUUCCUUCUGCCAGGAAGAAGCUACGAUGUUAUCAACGGGGUUCCCGUCCUGAGAAAUAAAGACAAGUGAUUUUCCUGCG